GCCGGAGUACGUCCGACCCUCCACCCGGCCGCAGCCCGUUGCUCGCCCUUCGCCUGCCAAAACUACAUUUCCCGUCACGCCCCUCGUCCGUACGUGUGCCGGUAGUGGACGCAGGGCCGCGGAGCUUUGUGGGAGCUGUAGUACGCGAAGCGGCCGAGGCUUCCCGGAAUACGCAGCGCAGGAGUGCGGCACGGAACUACAAGGCCCAGCAUGCUUUGUGACUGCUAGGAGCCGCUGGAACAGCGGGGUAAGAUGGCCGCUGCUGGAGGGACGGGACGGCGGCGGGUAUUGUUGUAGAGCGGCUGGGGGGGGGGAAAUUCAGUACAGGCCGGACUGAGACAGCCGGGGGAAAAUCGGAGGAGGUUGAGGUACGUUACUCCAAGCUGUAGUGAUGGCAGAAGACCGCCAGGAACCGAAAGAAACCCAGGAGGAUGCUGAUGAGGAGGUAACACCAGAAGCCAAUAGGACAUUGGAUGUUGCUGGAUCAGAAGAUGAAGAGCUCCCCAGCGGCGAUGCCUCCGAAUGUGACACAUCGGAAGUGCUGUACCCAGAUAUCUUUUUGAAAUUUUUACAGCAAGUGGUGAAUACAAGCGAGAAGAAGCUGUGCAAAGUCCCAGAUCCCAAACCCAAAUGUCCCAAACUGAAAAAGACAUGUAAAAAGAAACCAGUAAAGAGGCUUGCAGAUGCGGAAGACGCUAAACCUCUCAGUGUGGAGAAUGACAAUAUACUGGAAACCACCGAUUUGUCUACCUUUGCAAGUGCAUUGGAUUUUAUCGAAGAGACGUACAAUAAAACUACAACAGGGUCUCGCCUUCACCGCUUUGUGGAUGAAAGCCUAGAUUUUGAAGACUUGUAUGCCGAGGAGGGCAUAGAUGAACUUGAGCUGGUUGCUGAGGUUCAUGUUGGAGAUGCCGGCACUUACUCCAAUGUCCCACCAAGAAUCUUCAGAAGAGCAAGACCCUGGCGAUUUCAGAAAUCAGCGUGCCUAAGUACCUCAGGGCUGGCGUUCACAGAAGGACAAUCAACAGUACACCGAGAGACAGCAACUAAGCCUUCAAGAUUCAAGGAAUUCCUUGGAACCCCUAUGUCUCAUAUCAACAUAAACCCAUGUACCCCCAGAAAACUGAAUAGAACUCUAAGUGCAGACUGUAGUUUAGAACAGAAGGCACAUGUUACUUUUCAGAAACCUACGGACAGAACUUCCCUACAUGUAAAUGCUUCAGUAGCACCCGUGCUCCCUGGAAUUCACUGGACAACUAAAGGUCCACUGGAUGCCUUCCCCCCUGCAUAUAGGAUACAAAAUGGCAUAUGCACGGAGAGGACUAGUAUAAUAAAUGGCAACAUGUUAGUUAAAAAUACACCCGAUGCAUUAGAGUCAUUGGGACUAGCUUUGGGAAAUGGCACUGGGGUAACAGGGGGGCAGCAGAGACCACUUGGAGGAGAAAGCUCCACAGUAAACAACCAGAACUCUCAAUCUCAUGGCUCUUUAGAAAAAGAUAGUGGCUCCUCAUCCUCCUCUUCCUCCUUCUCCCAGAACCCUAUACUAUCUGCUGGUGGCAGUGGGGUACAGUCAAAUCAAUCCCAGGAUUUAGAUAUUUAUGACCCUUUUCACCCCACAGAUGAGGAAAAUGUGAAUGGAGACUAUAUUUAUUCAGACUCCCCAGAGAAAGAAAAUGAUGACCAGGAAGAUCAAAAAUAUGACCCGUUUGAACCCACUGGCUCAAAUCCAAGCUCCUCUGAACGCAGCCCUUCACCGUAUGAAGAUGAUGAUGAUGAUGACGAUGAAAUUGGGAGUGACACUCACCCUGAGGGUCGAAUCUCUGAAGUGUUGGCUGGUAUAUAUGAUGAAAACAGCUUGAGCCAGGAUGCUCCAGGCUCUGAGAAAACAAAGGAAGGUUUUAAAUCUUCUGAAUCUGAGAAAGGCCUCCCAAAUGAUGAGCAUGAGAGAAGCAUUGAAGUGGACAGUAACAAAGCUGAGCAGAAAAGUUCUAAAGAACGGUCUGACUCUGUUUCAAAGCUAGAUUAUGAACCCUACAGUCCUAGCUCCAGUAUAGACAUGGACACAGCAGAUGAUGGGGAGGUAGAUGAGGUGUCACAAGAAGUACCAGAGGAGAAAAGUAUAAAAGAAGCACCAGUUGCUGAUUCAACACUUGAAGAAACAAGUAUUGGAGAAACAUCAGCAGAGCCUAUACGGCGUGUUUUCACAGUAGAUGCUGGUAAUGACUUUAACAGGAAAACUGACUUCACUUCUGAAGCUGAAUCAAAAUCCAAGGUUGAAAUAAAGGUUUCCUUGGAAUCGCUGGCCAAGCCCGAUAUGAAGUCCUAUUUACGGUUAGAAAAAAUUGCCAAGCUUGGAAGUGAGUCAAGAUCGCGGCAUAAACGGAGGCAUUCAUCUGAAAGGAGAGAUCAUGAUGAUGAUUCAGAUCGCAAAUAUGAUUCUGAGAUUGAAGAAGGGGAGAUUGUCCAGCCAGAUGAGGACUGUUUUAGCCCUGUGCCUAUGUUCCGGAGCCGGUGUCGACUUAUGGACAGACCACUUAGAAUGGUUGAAGGGGAUGACUUCCUUUCUCUGCAUGCAGAUUCAGAUGAGGAGGGAGCUUUACAAAUUGACUUUGGAGAAAAUCAGAUGGACAGCAGAUGGAAGGGACUUGAUCUGAGACGAAAGAUUACAAACCAACGUAGAGAGAGAUAUCGCAAGAAAUCGGAGACUCCACCAAAAGCCAAAAAACACUCAAAAUCACGCUCUCCAUCUAGCUCUCAUAGUCGCAAGAAGACCAAACGCGAAAGAAAGCGAUCCAGGGAAAGGAAGAGGUCCAAGGAACCACGGACGACGGCGACAACGACAACAACAACUACGUCCUGGUCUAUUACAAAAAAAUCAAAAGAUAGUAAAGACCGCAAACGUUCUAGGUCACGAUCUUUUAAGGACAAUAAGGUUUCUCGUUCACGUUCAGGAGAACGUAGAAGAUCACGGUCCUGGUCACCUUCCAUUAGCACUAGCUUAUCUGCUGUAGGGUCCUCUCGUACAUCAGCGGAGAGGAGAAAAACUUGCAGGUCUAAAUCGAAGGAGAAGAGGCACCGUUGGUCACGCUCUGUCAGUAUGGAGCAAUCUCGAAAAGAUAAACAUAAGGACAAACAUCGGGUAGAUGGGAAGAAAAAGAAGAAAAGAUCACGUUCAAGGUCCAGAGAUAGAGAAAGGGACAGAGAUAGAAGAUCUUCCCGGCACUCAAAUGAUAGGAGAGAAAAGGAGAAAGCAAGGACCAGGCACCCUUUAGAUGAACCCAAGGUGGAAAAUCCUCCACUCAUGGAAAGGAGGAGACGAGACAGUCGCUCAGUGGUUCCUCCAUCAAUACAAGAGCUGAAUAAUGCAGAUCUUUUUACAAUAAAGAGGACUAUUACUGUGAAUCCAGAAGAGAAACUAAAUCGUGAAGAAAUGCUUCGUACUCCCGAACUUCCUGGGAAGAGAGAGGUUUUGUAUGAUUCAGAAGGACUGAGCUUUGAGACCUAUUCUGACCGUGAAACUGUUGAUGACCGAGAUGGAAAAUCUAACCGAGUUUUUGAAAGGCAUUCUGUAAAGUCUGAUUCCAGCAAGAGGAGGAUACCCAUGGACUUUGCAACAAAGCGGGUAGAGGAGGAAAGAGAAAGCCGACAGAGAGCUUCAAAAGAUAGAGAUAGAAAAAGAGCUUACCCAGAUGACAGCCGUGAUCGGUAUAAAAAGCGUUUCAAAGAAGGUUCUGAUCCAGAGCCCGAGCCCUUGAAGUUAGACAGAGAUAAAAUUCGUACUGAUAAGGAUAAAGGUCCAAAGAAACUUAAAGCAAGUCAUAAAGACAGCAAAGGAAGUUCAACUAGGAAAGUAAAACUUCAGUCUAAAGUGGCUGUGUUGAUACGUGAAGGUGUAAGCAGCACCACAACUGUCAAAGAAGCUGGGUCUAUUGGAGUCAAAUUUAGCAGGGACAGAGAAAGCCGCUCCCCGUUCCUUAAAUCUGAUGAAAAGAUAACCGAUAUUAAGAGUAGUCGACCUAAACUUGAACCCGAUGAUGUCAAAGAACCUCUUCUACGGCCUAAAAAAAUAAAGGGUUUAAAAACAAAAACUGGUGUUAAAAAAGUAAAGCCUGUUGGUGCUGGAGGGACUCUUGUCAAACCUAAGGGGACUCUAGAAAAGAAAAAGAAGAAGCUGAAGACUAAAGCCUCCUUGAAGAAGUCCAAAGCAGAUAGUUGCAGUCAAGAGAUCUUAAGCCCAGUUGAAGCCAAAGAAGAACCGAUAUGGUCUGACACUGAGAAAACUGAAAUUAAAGUGAAGCCUCCAAGUCCUCCCAAGCCAGCCAAUGAACAAGACCUUACCCCUGAUUCCCAAACAGUCGACAGUAGCUGCAAAACUCCCGAUGUUUCAUUCCUGCCCGAGGAGCUCCCUGAAGACCCAGAGAGAAGUACUGACUUAGUGGUUGACAGUAUUUCUGAGACUAAGGAAGAAGCGCCCCGUCCACCUCCUCCCCCACCACCGCCAGCACCGAUACCAUGGAACCUUCAGUCAGGAGUGGACUGCACAACAAGUGGGGUCUUGGCAUUGACUGCUCUCCUAUUCAAGAUGGAGGAGGCGAACAUGGCAAGCCGAGCCAAGGCACAGGAGCUAAUCCAAGCCACCAAUCAGAUCCUUAGUCAGAGCAAGCCUUCUACCUCAUUGGUGACCCAGCCUCCUCCACAACCUGUCAUACCAUCUCUUGGUCACUCGGCACCCUCCUAUCUUCCUUAUAGUGGUCUAUCCCUGAGUGGCAACUCCAGCCCCCCCACCCCACCUGGAAUCUCAAGUCUGAACUCGCAAUCAAUUUCCGGUACUACCUCCAGCUCAUUCUUCAACACUACGUCAAUUGGAGAGCUGGGUAAACGGGAAGGCAGCACGAGCUCUGAGGGUAGAGGAGACACUGAUAAGUAUCUGAAGAAGCUGCAUACACAGGAGAGAGCAGUAGAGGAGGUGAAACUGGCCAUUAAACCGUAUUAUCAGAGAAAAGAGAUCACAAAAGAGGAUUAUAAAGAUAUCCUUAGGAAAGCUGUACACAAGAUUUGCCACAGCAAGAGUGGAGAAAUCAACCCAGUAAAAGUGAACAACCUGGUAAAAGCCUACGUCCAGCGUUACAAGUAUUUCCGGAAACACGGGAAGAAAAUGGAAGACGACGAGAGCAGCGGCGGUUACCGCAGCUCAAAAGAACAUGACAAGUCAAUGCCGCCUUUACCGUUAAUAUGAGCCCAAGAGGACUGCCUACCUUCACAUAACUUGUCAGUUUCAAUAAAAAAAAAACUUUAUUGCUAGUGGCUAAGAGGGACAAGGGACGCUUUUAUGCAACUGUCAAUCUUUAGAGAUGCCUAUCUUUAGAAAUAUAUGUGACUCCUGAAAACGGUCCCUCCCCCCUGCUCAUACCCCCAGAGUCGGGACUGGCUCAGCAGGGCCGCACAGUGCGCUCGCGUUCCCUUCUGACUCAUUUUAAAUAGUCGUCUCUUGUAAAUACGUUGGCUUCACAGAUUUGCGGCUUUACUCUCCGCUUUCUGUACCAGGUUUUAACUCUUACACGGUUUUCCUUCCAUUAUUAUAUUUUCUUUUGCAUGAAUGGACACGCCUCCACCGUAUCAGCACCUAGCAGGUUGUUGUUGUAACCUUCUACUGUUAGCUGUAUUAAAUUGCCAUCCUGUAAGCCUUU